GGUUGCUUUUGCGCUUACGGUCAGUGGGGGCAGUCGCGUGCACACAUAACGGGGGUCUCUUUGGUCUUUGUGCAGCUUGGCGCGUGAAAGAAUUUAUUUGCAGUUUAGGGUAACUUUUUAGUCGUGUUGUUUUUAGGUUUUCUACUGUACAAAAACGUUUUAUUUUUAAAAACAGAACUAAUUUGACACGUAUAAAAUAGCUCGUUGUAUACGGACCGACAGAGUCCGAAAAUCAGAAAACUAACUCGCUAGCUAAGAAGAAUAACCGCCAUACAUACACAAGAUGGAAAUGGAGAAAAGAAUCAACUUGGAGCUGCGGAACAGGAAACCAGCUGAGGUAAAGGAACUGGUAUUGGACAACUGUCGUUCUGAUGAUGGCAAGAUUCUUGGUCUCACCGCCGAAUUCGAAAAUCUGGAAUUUCUGAGCAUGAUCAACGUCAAUCUGGUUUCACUCGACAACUUGCCCAAACUUCCCAAACUUCGCAAGCUCGAGCUGAGCGACAACCGCGUGUCGGGGGGGCUGGAGGCCCUCGCGGAGAAGACGCCCAGCCUGACCCACCUGAACCUCAGCGGCAACAAGAUCAAGGACCUCGGGACCCUGGAGCCCCUGAAGAAGCUGGCGAUGCUGAGCAGCGUUGACCUGUUUAACUGCGAGGUCACCAUGCUGCUGGACUACAGGGACAGCGUGCUGGACCUCCUCCCGCAGAUCACCUACCUGGACGGGUUCGACGCUGACGACCAGGAGGCCUUGGACUCCGACCACUCGGGCCUGGAGGACGAGCUGGACGACGAGGAAGAUGGUGAGAGUGGCGGUGAGGAUGAAGAUGAGGAUGAGCUGGAUGUGGAGGAUGAAGAUGAUGACGAUGAAGAGGUUGACGUGGAGGAUGACGAGGAAGAUGAGGAAGAUGAAGGUGGGGACAGUGACGAGGUGGAUGAUGAGGAUGAUGACGAUGAAGUUUGCUGUCCAGAAAGCCAUGGAGAGAAGAGGAAGAGGGAGCAAGAGGAUGAAGAUGACGACGACGAUGAAGAUGAUGAGGACGAUGAAUAAGAUCCGGCAGACUGGCAAAGUGCCGUCUGCGUGGGCCCCCGCUGAUCUUUCUGGGCUGGGGGGGGCACAUCAAAGACUGGAGGUGCUUCGCUGCAGAGUUUGUGGGGAGGGGGGGUGGGAUGUUUUUUAACUUGGGAGGGGGGAGGGGGGUGGGGGUAGGGCAUGGCAAGGUUUAUUAAUCAGCAAGCUUGAAAUGAUCCUGUUUCUCUCUCCACCGCCCCCACCCACCCCCUCAAGCCAAAACUCCAGCCACUAACCUUUGCUCUUUUGAAGGCCAGUUAACUCGAAUUGUCACCUGUUGAUUCAUUCCAGACCAUUUCGUCCACACUGUCUGCCUGCUGUUAUUGCCUUGCCCUCCUGUCUCAGUGACGUACACGCGCGUGUGGCUAACUGCGCAUGUGUGGGGCUAACUGUGCGCGCGCAUGGCUAACUGCGUGCGUGCGGCUAAAUGCACACCGUGUGGCUAACUGCGCGCGCAUGGCUAACUGCGUGCGUGCGGCUAAAUGCACACCGUGUGGCUAAAUGUGCACCAUGUGGCUAACUGUGCGCGCGUGG